AUGGCACCAGUCCCGAUUCUCAAGUUGAGCAAUGGGGUUGAGAUUCCAGCUCUUGGCUUUGGAACAUAUGCCAAGGAGGAGAUCGCAGGGGAGACGCAUGCAGCUGUCCUUGCUGCGCUGAAUGCUGGCUACAGACAUCUAGACUGCGCCUGGUACUACUUGAACGAAGACGAAGUUGGAAGUGCUCUACAGGAAUGGCUAGCACAGAAUCCCACAGUCCAGCGCAAAGACAUCUUUAUCACGACCAAAGUCUGGCCUCAUCUCGUUGAGCCCGAAGACGUCGAGUGGAGCUUGAACAAUUCUCUGAAGAUGCUUGGGACGGAUUACGUGGACUCCUUCUUGAUUCAUUGGCCGUUUGCCGUUGAAAAGACCGAGGAAAACAAGGUUAAACUCGGUGCUGAUGGAAAGUAUAUCCUUAAAAAGGAGCUUACUGAAAAUCCGAAGCCUAUCUGGAGAGCUAUGGAGAAAGCAUAUAGAGCCGGGAAAGCCAGAGCCAUUGGUGUUUCCAAUUGGAAGAUAUCCGGCUUGGAAGAGAUGUUGAGAUAUGCCGAGAUCAAACCGCACAUCAACCAAGUGGAGAUUCAUCCCUUUCUGCCAAACAGCAGCCUGAUCCAAUACUGCAUCUCCCAAGAUAUUCUCCCGGUGGCUUACUCGCCUUUGGGAUCACAACAUCAGGUCCCGUCAACAGGCGAAAAGGUAACGACCAACGCAGAACUCAAUGCUCUGGCUAAAGCCAAUGGCGUCACACUGGCUCAGAUCUUAAUUGCGUGGGGCUUAAAGAGAGGAUAUGCCGUGUUGCCCAAGAGCUCCGAUGCUGCACGCAUCAAGAGCAACUUUCAGCUAGUCGAGUUGAGUGACAAGGAUUAUGCCGUCGUCAACAAAGUUGCCGAGGGGAGACAUACUCGAUUCGUCAACCCAAAGGGUAUGUUUGGAUAUGAUGUGUGGCCGGAGGAGAGUAAUCAGGUGUAG